GUGUGGAAAAGAUGGCUGCUUCGGCGGCAACGGCGAGUUCUUUCCCCGGUUUGUGUCCAAAUUACGCUGUGAUUUGCUCUUUUCUUGAGCGCUACGGAGCGUUGUUGGACUUGCCGGAGCUCACCUUUCCUCAGCUGGAGAGGUAUCUGCAGGACACAUCCUCAGUUCCAAAGCUGCUGGUUGAUCUUCACGUUAAGUUGCUGAGGAAGAUCGGCAAAUCGGUGUCUGCAGACAGAUGGGAGAAGUAUCUCGUCAAGGUAUGUCAGGAGUUCAACACAACCUGGGCGUGGGAACUCGAGCAAAAAGGAUACAAGGAGUUGACGGUGGAGUGCAAGACGGGGAUACUUAAAUAUUUGUGUGAGUGUCAGUUUGACGACAACGUCAAGUUCAAAACCGCCAUCAACGAUGAGGACCCAGAUAAAAUGCGCCUGCAGCCAAUCGGCCGGGACAAAGACGGACAGAUGUACUGGUUUCAACUGGACCAGGACAACAACGUGCGCGUUUAUGUGGAGGAGCAGGAUGACUUGGACGGGUCAUCGUGGAAGUGCAUCGUCAGAGAUAGAAACGAUUUGGCCGAGGUUGUGGCUCUGCUGAAGACGCAGAUUGAUCCUGCGCUGUUGAAAAAAGAACAGGAAACGAAGCCUGAAGGUGAGACCAGAAAGACUGAAGAUACAUCAGAUGAAGACAGCAAAGACUCCACCAAGUCAGUCUCUCCAAAGCCGGAGAGCAUUGAAAAAGUAACUCAGAACACGAAAUCUGAAAAUUCAGAAGCAAAAUCUGCACUAAAUGGUGUCAUUGAAGGUAAAGCGGAGGCAGAGCUCGACUCAGAAAAUGUCAGUAAAAAAGCCCAGAACAUCAAAGAAGAGCUGAUGGAAGUUGUGGACACUAAAUCUAACUCAAGUGAACAAACACCGGCCUCUGAGACGUUGUGUACAUCAGUAAAGGAGGAAAAAGGGGAGGAACCGAAGAAGUCCAGUGCAGAGGAAAUGCAGCAAGCCAUGAAGAAUGACCAGCAGGCCAAGAUCCCUUUGAAAAAAAGGGGAAUGAAGUUCAGUGAAGACUUGGAUAAAAAUAAUGCCGUUAUAGUGCAAAAUCCAUCUCUUUCUAAUCUGAAGGAGGCUGCAAAAGACAACUCGACUCCUGACCAAGCAAAGAAAGCGUUGAGUAUAAAUGAUCAUAUUAAUGGUGAAGUUACCCAAUCAGAAAAAGGGUCACCAGAGCGAGUAACAGAAGCUGUAGAGAAAUCUGUCGACAUUAAAGAGAACGACGCUCCGACCACCGACGAGGAGGUUAAAAAGGACAAAAAGGACGAGCCACAGGGAGUCGCCUCACACCAAGCGGAUUUGGAGAAGAAAACUCAAGAUGAAAAGGAAACGGAAAAAAGGGAAACAUGCGAGUCUUCGCUGCCCCCGACAGAACAGACACCUUUAUCUAAAGAGAUAAAUAAUGCAGCAGAGAAAUCCUCUAAUCACGAAGAAAUGAAAGAAUCCAAACCAGCAGACACAGAGGAGUCUUGUAAGGUGAACAAGACAACAUUAAAGGAAAGUCAUAAAAUAUUAACUGCUGAUGAGUCAGGGAACCUAAACUUAAAUCACGAAGUCAAAUCCAAAGAAGCCGAAUCAAAAGUUUCAAAAAAAUCAGAGGAAAAGCUAGACUGCACAGACAUGGACACGUCCGAGUCGAGUCAGACUAAAGAAGCCGAGGCGCCCGAAAGUAUAACGCACAAGCAAACAGAUACGAGUGACUCUAAAGAGACUGGAUCAUCUGAGGGUAAUGUAGAGAAAACUGAUAGCUUUGCUCUGGAACAGAAGCCUGAAAGCUGUAAGACAACAGAGACACAAUCUGCAGACACACCAGAGAAAUCUGUAGACUCUGAAACCUCGGAAUCAAAGUCUGUCACUAAAAAAACAAGUGAGAAAGCGGAGGAAACAGCCAACACUAAGGAGAGCGUGGACCAGCCUGUUAUCGAAAAGGUCGACAAGUCAGACUCAUGUAAAGCUGCAGAGAAGCACGAUGGCAUCAAAGAUGCAGAGAUGGCUCCCACAGUCUGUGAGACGAAGACGGAAAAGCCAGAAGACAUAAAGAAAACUGUCAACUGUGAAGAUGGUACGGUACGUGAUGCUUCCAAGAUAAGCGACUCUGUGUCUGGGCCUGUGGCUGCAGAGGCACAGGGCGCAAAACUCGAUGUGACAAAACCACAAAAAGAUGACAAAGCUGAGAUGAACUCUGUCGCACAAAAGCCAGCAGAGCAGCCAUCUGAAGGGCAGGAUAAAACGCCCAGCCCUGUUGAGAAGACGGAUACCUCAGAUGAAAAACCUGAGACUGAACAAGAGAAGGAUUCUGAGAAAAACCCCAGCGCAAUCGAGGCAGAGCAUCCAUCAUCAGAUAAUAAAAAGGAUGCUGACAGGGAAAGUGAAAAGGACACUGAUAAAGAAAAGCUUUCAAACUGCAAAGAGGACUCCACAGCAGAUGAACUCUCAAAAACUGAGGAGAGUAAGGGCAAAAGCGAGGAUGUGGACUCUCAAGCGAAAACAGAUGUGGCGAAUGGCAGUGAAGCUCCAGCAGAUGUUCAGGAGGAGGAUGUCUGCCGGAAAAACAAGCGCCCAGUCAACCGAAGGAAAGUUGAGCUCCAGCGACAGGAGCGACAGGGGGACUCAGAGUCCGACACAAACGUGGGGAGAUCCCUGCGAAGAUCACCGAGGAUCUCUAGGCCGACGCCAAAGGCAGUAGAGAUCCAGGACAAGAAGCAGGAGAAGUCGCAUGCGCCUCAGAAGCGCGACGAGGAGAAGGGUGAGAAGGAAAAGUGUGAAGACGAGGAGGACAAGGAAGAGGAGGUGGUGAAGGUCGUUAAGAAGAAGCCAAGAGCGAAAAAGACGGAUCAGGAAGGCCAAACCAAACCCAAGGCGAGAAAGAGGCGAAGGGUUCGGUGGUCCAACACUCGGACGCGCCGCAGAAAGAAAGACGAGGAAGACGAGGACGAAAACAGCAACGAGGAGUCCAGCGAAGAAGACGAGAGCGAGGAGGAAGACGACAGCGAUGAAGACUACAAGGUUGAGCGUACAAGAAAGAGGCGGAACCGUAACCGAGAAAGACGAAGCUCGGACUCCUCGACCUCAUCCGACGAAGAUCUACCUCCCAAUGACGACCCUUGCAAACACUGCGGUCUUUCAAAUCACCCAGAGCUGAUCCUGCUGUGCGAUUCGUGUGACAGCGGCUACCACACAGCCUGUCUGAGGCCUCCGCUCAUGAUCAUCCCCGAUGGAGAGUGGUUCUGUCCACCCUGUCAGCAUAAGCAGCUCUGCGACAAACUCGAAGAGCAGCUCCAAAACCUCGACGCUGCUUUGAAGAAGAAGGAGCGGGCUGAGAGGAGGAAAGAGCGUCUGAUUUAUGUUGGAAUCAGUGUCGAGAACAUCAUCGCGCCCUCUGUUGAGGUCGAGGAGGAAAAACCAGAGAUCAUUAUCAAAGAGAAGAAAGAAACAAAGAAGAGUAAGAGCUGGGGUCGGAGGUCAACGAGGGCGAAGAAAACAAUCAGCUACAGAUUUGAUGAGUUUGACGAGGCCAUCGAGGAGGCUAUCGAAGAAGACAUCAAAGAAGCAGAGGGUGGAGGAGCGGGUCGGGGUAAAGAUAUGGCCAACAUCACAGGGCACAGAGGGAAGGAUAUUUCUACCAUCCUACAAGCCGAGGAGGGCAAGGAGAACGGCCAGCCGCCGCGACCCAGCGCCAGCCAGCGCAGGAAAAAACGCCGGCGACUCAACGACCUGGACAGCGACAGCACCGUGGACGAGGAGGAGAGCGAGGAAGAGUUUCGCCUCAGUGAAAGCUCAGAAGAAGAGUUUGUUGUGACGGACAACGACACGGAAGCUGAAUCGGAGGCCGACUCCAACAACAGCGACUUUGGCAGCAACGGUAGCGGUAGGCAUCGAAAGUCUUCGCGGAGCAGACUGCUGACAUGCAGACGGAGCUCCAGAAAGCGGCGGCGACCGAGAGGGUACUCGGAUGAUGAGGAGGACGAGACGGAUGAUGAGGACGAUGAGGAUGAAAUAGUGACCGAAGGCUCCAGUGAGUACAGCGACAGUGAUCUGGAUAUGAGCCGCCGGCGGUCGAGGCGAAGCCAGAAGAAGCAGGUUAACUACUGCGAGACAUCCGAGUCUGAAGGCUCUCAGGCCGAAACCAACCGGGCCAAAACGAAACCCAGACGUCAGCAGGAAAGCUCCGACAGCGACGCGAGUUUCUCCAGAGACUCCGAGGAAGAUUCGAGGGAUUGGAGGUCGAAUAGAAUCUCAUCGGAGGAAGAUUCCCGGCAGCGACGCAGACGCCUAGCGCUAAAACGCAGGAGAGCGUCGGAAGAUGACGACUCCGACGAGGACUCGGACGAAUCUUCCGAGGAGGAUCGACCCAUCCGUAAACGAGUGAACCGCAUCGACUCGGAUGACGACGAUGACGAGGAGCAGCAGGAGGAGAAGCCGAAGGAUAAGAAAGCAGAGGAGGAGUCAAAGGGAACAAAUGCAUUGGACUGCGGCCUGGUAGAGCUGCCGCCCGCCAACGGGCAAAGCCCCAUAAAGAGCCUCGAGGGUAUCAUCAACCGGCCCGCUGCCACCAUCGCUACCAUCACCGCUCCAGGCAUUAUCCCACAUCUGGAGCCGCCCAAAAGCAUCAGUGCCACACCGGCUGCUGCCAUAGCACCAAACGGGCUGGUGGGGCAGGACAUUGCGGCACAGGACGAUGACGAAGACGAUCUGUUAGGAGUCACAGACCUCGUGGACUACGUCUGCAAUAAUGAACAAUUGUAAAAACAAAAGUGGUGUACUGUUUGUUUGGUUUUUUUUUUC